AUGGCCACAACAUCAACUCCAAAUGCUUCCAUUGGCAAGAUUCGUUUCAUCCCCCUCUCUUACAACUCCGCCGAGUCGCAGACAUCAGCCCUACGUCUAAUCCUGACACUGCGCCCCGAUUGGGGACGAACUGAUGGGAAGAUAGAAUUUAUACGAUUUACGGAUGGCAUAACAAACACCCUGUUGAAGGUCAUCAACAAAAGACCUGGGCUUUCCGCGGAAGAGAUUGAUAAUGAGGCAGUUCUGCUGCGGGCUUAUGGUCAAGGAACCGAUUUGAUCAUUGACCGAGAGCGCGAGACUCAAAAUCACGAAUUACUUACGCAAUUCAAUUUAGCACCAGCGUUGCUUGCCCGAUUUAAGAAUGGAAUGCUAUAUCGAUUCAUUAGAGGAGCGGUCACCAGUCCUGCAGACCUCAGAGAAAAAAGGAUUUGGCGUGGAGUAGCUAGACGAUUGGCAGAGUGGCAUGCGGUUGUUCCGUGUCUUUCAGCGGAUCGUGAGGCUCAACCCACAGAAAUAAAUGGUAGUGAACAAUUUGCUUUUCCAGCUACAUCAAGCAAAAUGGAUCCUGCUCUGCAAACUGCUAUUGACAACAUUGCUCCUGGCAAGCCAGCCCCUAAUGUUUGGACGGUAAUGCAAAAAUGGAUAUAUGCACUUCCAGUGGGAUCAGAGGUAGAAAAGACUCGACAGGCAACUUUGCAAAAGGAAUUAACUCGCUUGGUUGCUGAGCUCAGCAAUCGACCGGGUCUUGGUGAAAAUAGCCUUGUAUUUGCCCACUGCGACCUUCUAAGUGGUAAUGUUAUUGUGCAACCUCAAGCUACUGGCAUCACUACCCCGCCUGAUGUAGAGACAGUCAGUUUCAUCGAUUACGAAUAUGCAACACCAUCUCCAGCAGCAUUUGAUAUUGCCAAUCAUUUUGCGGAGUGGGGAGGAUUUGAUUGCGAAUAUCAAUAUUUGCCCUCACGCGCGGAAAGACUCGAUUUUGUUCACGAAUAUAUCCGAAGUUACUUUGCUCAUUUGAAGCAAACUUAUGAUGAGGAAGCAGAAGUUCAGAAAAUGUUUACCGAAGUGGAUAUAUUUCGGGCAGUUCCCGGAUUCUACUGGGGAAUUUGGGCCUUGAUCCAGGCCACGAUAUCUCAAAUAGAUUUUGAUUAUGCUGCAUACGCAGAGAUGAGACUAGGAGAAUAUUGGGCUUGGAGGGAGGAGAAUGAUGGAAGUCGAGCGGCUUCUGGCAAGGAAAUGCCCUUGAGAGAGAGAAGAUGGGCGCAGGACGCAUAA